GGUGAGCGGCGGCGGGUGAAGCAGGCUGUGCCGGGUUCCGGCAGUGCUGGCAGCGGAACGGCUUGUCUGUCUGCAGGUAAACUUUACCGGCAUUUCACUACGGAAGCCUCUCAAGCCACCUUAGCCAGCGUAUCUCCUGUGUUUGCAGUGAUGAAGCUUGACAAAGAGGGAAAUGCUACCUUUUUUGAGAAGAAGAAGACAGAAUUAUACCAGGAACUGGGUCUUCAAGCUCGAGAUCUAAGAUUUCAGCACCUUAUGAGCAUUGCAACUAGGAACAACAGGAUCAUCAUGAGAAUGGAGUUCUUGAAGGCUGUCAUAACACCGGAGUUUCUUCUAAUACUCGAUUAUCGUAAUUUAAAUCUGGAACAUUGGCUCUUCAAUGAACUAACAUCUCAGCUGUCUGGGGAAGGUCAACUAGUUACAUAUUCCCUGCCCUUUGAAUUCCGAGCCAUAGAAGCAAUACUGCAGUACCGGAUCAGCAGACUGCAAGGGAGACUUAAUACUUUGCAGCCUCAGAUCCUUGAGACACUGGAAGCUCUAGUGGACCCCAAGCUUUUGUCUGUGGAUAGGAGUAAACUCCACAUUCUCCUGCAAAAUGGCAAGAGCUUAUCAGAACUGGAAACAGACCUUAAAGUUUUCAAAGAAACAAUUCUGGAGAUCUUAGAUGAAGAAGAAUUAAUUGAAGAGCUCUGUCUGUCUAAAUGGACUGAUCCACAAGUAUUUGAGGAGAGCACAUCUGGGAUUGACCAUGCAGAAGAAAUGGAGUUGCUGCUGGAGAACUAUUACAGGCAGGCAGAAGAUCUUGCGAAUGAAGCUCGUGAGCUCAGAGUACUGAUUGAUGAUUCAGAAAGUAUAAUAUUUAUCAACCUGGACAGCCACCGUAAUGUGAUGAUGAGACUGAAUUUGCAGCUGACUAUGGGGACUUUCUCUCUUUCACUCUUUGGACUCAUAGGAGUUGCAUUUGGUAUGAACUUGGAGUCAUCUCUUGAAGAGGACCCCAGAAUCUUUUGGCUGGUGACUGGGAUUAUGUUCCUGGGAAGUGGCCUGAUAUGGCGGCGUUUGCUUUCUUUUCUCGGGCGGCACCUGGAACCUUCAUUACCUCCUCAUGUUCCUGCAGUUUUGAAAAAAUCCCAACCAGCAGCUCGAAGAGUGGAGAUAAAGAACAGCCUUAAAGCAGAAACUUUUGGACUGAGCAGAAGCACACUGGCAAACCAAUAGGAACAGCAGGAAUGAAGAGAUACUUAUUGUUACAGUGUGAACUUUGGACACUUUCAUUUGUUCUUUCUUCCUGAAAAUGUUAAGAAUUUAUAAACUUGCUAAUUUAAUACAUAUUUUGUGCCAAAAACAUAUGGUGAUUAUUUUAAUGCUCACACAUAAAAAGAGGGAAACUGAAGUGAAAACAGUGACAUGCUUGUCACAGCAGCCUUGCCUCCACCCCAUGUACAUUCUGUUAGAUUUCUUUAUCACACAUUUACUUCAAACUUCUUUCCAACACUUCUUCAUGUAACGGGUUUUCAUAAAGAGCAGCAUCCUCAGCUUAAGGAUGACAGCAGUUAGCAUUCAUCAGUAAAGGUUCUCUGGUUCUGAGCUGCAGGUUUAGGAAUCUGCCUUCAACUACCAAAGAAAAAUCUACCCCCAAAGUGUCCUUUUUAUUUAUUUAUUUAUUUAUUUUUAAAGCUUUGCUGAAUGAAGUGAUUUGAUUUUUUUCACAAGCCAAAAGCACGUGUGCAUCUUUGUAAAGCACUACUUCAAAUUUGACAGUAGCCAGAAAUAAUACAGCUUAUCUUAAUUUAAGUGAGCUUUGAAACGUGACGGACUGUGGGUAUUACUGAACAAUUUAAGUCCAAACUGUGAGCACUCUUAACAAACUGAAAAGCAGGUCCAUUAACAAAGUGUACUGUAGUUGUUAUCUGCUGCUGUUUCAGUAUGUGUGAGCGUAGCUUGUGUCCUCUGCUGGACUAAGAGAAAGUAAAAUUCUUAUUGUCACUAUUUGUGUUUUUUCUUAGGAUUCAUCUUUGAGUCCUCUGAGGACAUGGCUCUCUACUGGCUUGUGUCAGUCUGUAAAGGAAGUAGAAAUAUCUUUCCAAAUCAGGUUGCUAACUGUCUAGGGUUUUGUUUGGGCUUUUGAACUUCAGUAACAUAUAAGGAAGAAAAAGCAGGAUUCGAGCCUUCCUUCUUCUGCAUAUAGAGCAAUUUCUCAUGUAAUCAUAGGCUAUUUUGUACCUUGCUUGUAUAUGUAUAAUACAAUAUGUAUACAAGCUUGUAUAAUGUGUUGACUCCUUUUCCUGUGCACAACUACUUACAGCAUAAUCAAAGCACUGACUGACUGCUGUCCUCUUUAUGGAUAUAUACAAACUUUUAGUGGUUUUCAUACCAUCCAAGUAACUAAAAUGCAUUAAUAUGCAAUAAAAUUACUUAGAGAUCACACACAGGAAAAAAUAAAGCCAGGAGAAUAUAUUGACUCCAGAAUAUAUUGGUAUCAGCAGUUUUUGUUUAUAAAAGAAGGAAAAAAAAUCUGCCCUUGUAAACACAUGGCUUGUUUUGCCUCAGCACUAUCCCUAGAUCUGGUAGAUAAGUAUUGUGUUCAGUGCUCCCUGUUGCAUCCAGUUACUGCUUCCAUGAAGUGCAGAUUUUGAAGUAACUCAGUUGCGUAGUUAUUUUUCCUAUUUGGUAAAUAAGGUUCCCAAAAUAGAUGUCAGAACACAUCAAGCUUAUGUUUGCCUUGUCAUUUUUAUUAUUUUUUUUUAAAGAGAACCUUCCAGAGAGAGAAUUCUAAGAACAUAAGUUGAGAUGUGUUAUGCUUGAAGUAUGGCCUGUAGAAAUCUGUGCUAUUCCACUGACUUGUGUUAAUCAAAAAUAAUACCUUGUGUUUGUCAAGGAGACAAGGAAGAGAAAAUGGAGAUGCACCUGUAUCUAUGGAUUGUUGUUACUAAUAGCAUAACAUAUUGGUGCUCUAGUUUUUUGAUAGGUAAUAUGCACACUGUUAACUUGCACUGUACAACGUUAAUGUUAGCUGAAGGCAAUAACAAUAAAAGCACAAUUCUAAGUUAUCAUGCUCAUGGAAUUUUACCUAAAAGCAUAAAAAAGGGUUUCUGAAUAGUUUCAGCCAUGAGUGUGAAAGUAUUUCCUAGAAGUUAAUCAGUCUUGCAUUACCUUCUUCUGAGGAGAACUCAGCUGAGCUACACCCUUAGUGUGGACCUCAACUGUGAUGAUAGAGAAAAUCUUUCAUAUUGUCAUCUACCAGUUCUUUUUGGCUUAUAGCUGCCCUUCCUCCAUGCUUACUAUCUUGAAAGCAACUUUUGAUGUCUUAGAAUCCCUAUCUUUAUCACAGUAUGCUAAUAAUGUAAAUUACAUGCUAUUUCUUCUUGAUUCUGUCAAGGAAAACCACAAACUUGACCAGUACAGAAGGUGACACAGUUACUCAACAUACCUUAUACAGCCAAAAUUGGCUACCGAAAUUUAGUCUUCUGCUCAUUUUAGUCUCCAAAAAGUUUUCAGACUGGCUUACCUGUACUAGGUCAAGUGUUGCUGCUGCUCACAGUAGUUAAUUUGCCCAGCAUGACUGACUCAGACUGAUUGGUUUGUAAGUCAAACCAUCACAAUGCUUACAUUCCUGUGACAGUUGCACUCAUCAGUCUCCUGCUGGCAGUACUGGCUCAGAUGCUGCUGAUGAACAGUCUAAUUGCAGGCAAACUUUGUGAAAUUGUAGAGUCAAGGACCUGAACUCCUUUGCUGAGCUGGUAUAGUUGAGAAAACACAAAUAGAAAAGAGAAAAAAUGGCGUGUAUUGCAUGACUGUGGAAGGAAGAAGUUAAGCUGCAAGUCAGCAACAAUAAAAUAUUUGCAGCCACUGGAGCCCAUUGAGCUCUCCUGCACAGCAGCAGCAGCCUCUCAAGGCUACUCCUAGAGAUUGAGAGAUACCAUAACCUGCAUUUGAUUUUUACAAGGUAAGCUACAUUUCUAUAUGCAUGCAACAUUGAUGUAUAUCAAGCUUAAGUGACAUUUUGUGUACGUUAAGCUAGCUUAAUUAUUAGAUGUGUAUUAAUUAGCAGAGUACUUGAAUGCCAUUAAAUAUUGAUUAAUAAGUCAUUUUUGUUAACCUUACAAGAAGCUCAGAUAAUUCACUUGCAACAAAAAUUGGCACAGCCAGGAUGUGGGGGUGUAGUGGAAAUGCUAAGUGCUGCUAUUAGAGCAGUAUCUAUGAAGGAUCUCUUGGACCUCAACAAGGCAACCUGAGAAAUACCACUAGAACCAUCCUGUGAGAUGUCCUUCCAUUGGAUAAUUUCUGGAAAACUGUGGGCAGAAAUUGGUUCAGAGUGAAACGGUGAGUGUCCCUAACCAAAGGGGAUUGUAUUUUAUCAGACCAAAAUGAGGCAGAUGACUUUUAGAGACCAGACCCUUGUAAUGAACUCAAUCACUAAACAAACUUUCUACUGCCACUAGAAAAACAGCCUGCAUCCAGGCUAGGAAUGAAUGCACAUGGAAAUUACCCUAUCCCUGUAGACCCUCAAUCCAUGAAACCACUGAUAUGGGGAGUGAAGCUAUAGGCCCCAGCCUGGAGCCCAAGAGAAAUGAAGCAAGAGGCCCAAGGACACAGCUGCUGCCAGGCUGAAGCCAACUUGAAUUAACAAAUAUUUCAUUAAAAAGUAGAACUUUUGGUCUGUGAUUGGUUGACAUAAAGAAGGCAUAAGCCAAAGCAACAACAGGGAGGCAAAGUUGUUUAAAGCAAUUUACGUUACACAGAAGCUCUUGGGUUAAUUAGAUCACUUGGUAGGCAACAUCCUUUCUUGUCUACAAUGUGCACUGGAAUGAGCAGGAGAGAAGAAAGGGGUGAGACUCCAUCCAAUACCUUCUUGGAACUGAAGUGGUUUUGUACCAGUGCCUCUUGAUAGAAAACAUGGAGAAAAAACAAUAUUUAAAUAAUGGCACAAAACUGAGGAAGUCCUCCAAAGCCCUCCCCAGUGGAAUUGCCUGAGUCUAGUGGAAGGGCUGAUCUGUCAGAGCAGAGUCUCUUCAGCAGGGAAAGGGCAUUAGCAGCACUGCAUCUUCCUUUUACUAUUCUGUUAGCUUCAUCUCAUCAUCAUUGUUGUUCUCACUGGUAUGACAGAGAUCAUCACAAGUUUGAUUAAUUUCAUGCAAACGCUGUUUUACAUUUGUAAAAGGUUUUGCACUGGUUAAUUCUUAGACAACAACAAUCCCACGUGUUCCUCAGUAAUAUGUUGAUGUAAUAAUUUGGAAGCACUCUCAAUUGUGUCCCAGAUCAAUAGCUUCAAUUCCUCUUCACUGAUCUAAACUGUCUGGAUUUUAAAACCAGUUCCGACUGUGGCAAAGUAGCUGCCUGAGAAUGUAUUAUCUGCAAAAUGCAACAGCCAGUGAUGAGCAACUUGAAAAGGUGGUUGUAGUCCUGUGCCAUGUCCAGGAGCAGUGGCAAGAAGGAGGUCAAGUAGAUUGCAGGUUGGUCACACAAGUAAAACAGGCACCCCGACACCCCUUAGCAAAAUUAUAAGUUUCUAGGAAAGGCAUAAGCUUUGGAGAAAAGCCUUUGUGUGAAGCACACCUUGGGUAGUCAUACAGGACUGACCAAAUGGAGCUAUACCCAGGUCUACACCUGGACUUCCACAAACAAGGAGUAACGGAAUGUGAAGCAAACCAAACAACCACCUACUCUCCAAACCCAUGUGAAUGAUCAUUUUAGACCUCUUAAGGAGGAACUGCAAACAUUGCAGCCAAAAAAAAA